CCCGUAUGAAUAAAAAGUAGUAAUCCACAUUUUACUACAAUUUUAGUAGUAUUUACUACAAUUGUAGUAAAAUGGUAUGAAUAAAAGAUUGUUUACUACACUACAAUUUUCGAACAACUACUUUUGUGGAACAUGUUCAUCGUGUGGUAUGAAUAAAAGUAGUAAAUACUACAAUUUAUUUGUAGUCUGCUCUGGAGCAUGCUACAAAGUUGUUUUCAGCGAGUGGUUUUGCAGUCAAUUCAGAAAAAAAAAACAAGAUAUGGCUAUGUUUAUGAAUUUGAGUGAACGUCGUCAGAAAAUUUACGUAAAUAGACGCAACACCAACAGUGACAACUACAGAAAUUUGUAUCGAUUUACGGAAGAGAACGUUGAAUGGUUGACCGAAGAGUUUUUGGCUAGCUGUUCCGAAACCCGAGGAGGAGCACUGAAUCGCGAUAGAAAGAUGCGUACAUUUCUUCGCUAUAUUGGCGACCCCGGUUUUCAGGUAAUAAAUUUCAAAUUAUAUGGUGAAAUUGAAACGAUUGAAGCCUUAUUCUAUCAAUAAUAUUCUAUUCCAGGUUGGCGUUGGAGAGGUUAUUGGUAUUCAUCAAACCACAGCAUGCAAGACUAUAUGGGAUGUGUGUCAGAAAAUUACCGAAAAGGCAGACCGUUGGAUUCAAUUUCCUAACUCAAUUGAGGACAUGAAGCGUGCACAGGUUCUUUGGUCAAAAAAUCACAAGUUCCCACAGGCAAUUGGCGCAAUUGAUUGUACUCAUGUUCUAAUAAUGAAGCCGCAUGACCAUGGUGACGAAUUUGUGAACAGGAAGGGGUCUGCCUCUUUUAAUAUCCAGGCAACUUGUGAUGGUAAAGAAGCAUUUACUUCCAUUGACUGUUCCUGGCCAGGUUCUGUACAUGAUUCAAGAAUUUGGAAAAAUUCGGCUAUUCAUAACAUCAUGAAUGAAAACUCUUCUGGCGCAAUUCUUUUGGGAGACGAAGGAUAUGGAAUCGCACCGUGGUUGAUGACCCCUUACCGCAAUCCGGAUAUGCCACAGCAAAUGAAUUACAAUAAAAUUCACAGUCGUGAGCGGGUGGUGAUUGAGCGUGUGUUUGGUCAAGUUAAAAGACGUUUCCCUAUUUUAAAGUCCAAGAUACGGAUAAGGACCGACAGAAUUCCAACAAUAAUCUUAGCCUGCUUUAUCUUACAUAAUGUGGCGAAAUAUCUCGGAGAAGAGGAAUUUGAAGACGAUUCGGCGGAUCUACGAUUGCAUGUUGCACCAGCAAAUGAGAAUAGAAACGACACCAUCAAAAUGAGAGGCGAUUCACGUCGAGAUUUGAUUUCACAGUUUUUAUUCGAUAGAACAAAUGUAUUAUAACAUUUUUUU